UUUUGGUCGCGGUUUACCGAUUUCGGUUGUGAUCAUUGUGGAUCACAAAUGUAUAAAACUAGAUAAUUAUAUGUUUAUAUUAUGUAAUUUAUAAAUUUUUGUUGUGGACACUGGUUACAAUAAAUCGAUUAUCUAGUGAUAAACGUAUCAUAAAAUAUUCCAGCAUUCGUGUGCUGUUUAAAUAGUUAUACAAUUGAAUUUCUUGUUUUUAUUGUUUUUCUCGUUUACUUGUUCAAACCCGCAUUAUAAUUGUCAAUAUUAUGUGAAAAUCUAGUGAAUUUAUUGUAAAAAGUUUAAUACAUCAUGAUAACUUUUUUAAUCGAAUUCUGAAUAUAAAUGCAAACUAUAUGUAAAUUGUGAAAUCUUUGUAUUCAUCAAUUAUGGAUUUAAAACAAGGUUCAAGUACUGAUUGGUGUCAAGAUGAUUUUGAUCAAGACGAUAUCAAUAGACCGGGUCCUUCUGGACUAAAAGAUAAUACUGGCCAUUUUCUGAUUGGUGGAAUGAAGUUUAAAAAUAUUGACUUCAUUAAAGACACAUUUACCGAUGAUAAUAUUGUAUUAACUGAUACUAAUGGUCGGCCUUACGAUGUACUAACCAAUAGUGACAUGACUUCGAUGACAGUUCUUGAUAAUCAUCAACCAACAGAUUAUGGAAUGACCAAACAUCCUCAAACUGUGAUGUUACCAGAAUACACUAAUAUGUCUGAAGUGGCAACAUUGGUGUCAAUGCCAGAACAGUAUUUUCAAAAUGAUUUAUAUCACCUUAAGCCAAACAAUAUGCAUCAAGUGUCUAAUACACAUUCAGUUAUGGAUAACUUAUCACAUGAUAAUUCCUUAGUUCAAAUUGAUCAAUUAUCAUUUAUUCCCAAACAAACAAAUAAUUUUGUCAACAAUAUGGGUAGUAAUCAAGAUAUGAUUUUGGAAACUGGAAACAACCGGUUUUUAUUUUCAGAAAAUGGUGCUAGUUAUAUUGAAGUAACUUUGAAAGAAAAUAAUGUAUUAAGUAAUGAUGAAAAUGAAUAUUAUGUAGUUCCGCAGUCUAGAUCUGCUCAAGAUAAUCAUAUUGCUCAAAAAAUUGUGUCUAUGGAUGAUUUAAGCUUAUUAUCAUCUCCAAAAUCACACCAUAAUGUAGAAUUACUAGUAAAUCACGAGGAAUUAGUGGAUGAUAUAGAUACUUGUGAUAUAGCUGUUGUUGAUGAAUCUCAAAUACCACUCAACACUAGCAAUUUAAAAGAUAGAAUUGACGAAGGAUCUCAAAGUGUUUCACUGGAUGUUGAUCACCAUCAACAGCAUACCUCUGGAUUUCAAAGAAUGUCAAAAGAAACAAUUGAAAAAAUAGCAGAAGAAUUUGUUAGACAACCUCAAUGCAUUGAUGAAGAUAUAAGUAUAAACUUCAUAAGUAGAAUCAAUAAAAAAUCAACAUCUGAAAUAGAAUAUUGGUGUGAAGAUUGUAAUAAACUAUAUCAAAAUGAAUCCAACUGUCCAAUACAUCAAGUAAGUAGUAUUAUUGAUCUAGCUGUACAAACCAGAGCUAGAGCAUCAUUACCUGCUACACAUUUGAGAAUUAUGAAAAUUAAAACUGACGAAAAUAAGUUUGGUGUAUUUGCACGUAAAACAAUUCAAAAACGUACCCAAUUUGGCCCUUUAGAGGGUAUAAUUAUCAAAGAUGAAGAGUGUACUGAGGAACUUACCAAUGAAGAAUUUAAAUAUUUAUUAGAAGUUAAUAAGCAGUUCAGGCGUAUUGAUGUGUCUAGUGAAGAUAAUUCGAAUUGGAUGUCUUUCGUACGGCCAGCGAAAUCGAAACACGAACAGAACAUGAUCGUUGAUCAAAUUGGAGAUUAUCUUUAUUUUACUACGACAAGAGCGAUUUACCAACGAGAAGAGCUACUUGUUGGCUACAGCACAUUUUACGCUCAUAAAAGGGGUUUACAUUUAUUGCCUACAGGUUUAGAAAAUAAUCAUGGGAUUUCCCGAAAAACAUUCAAGUCAAUGAAAAUAACGCACGGACCAAACAAGCAGUCUGAUAGUUCGAAGAAUACCUCUAUGAACAGAGGAACUAUGAUGAAAACUUCCCCAAUAAGUUGCAAGCACAUGAAAAUAAGAAAACUAUCCAAUCGGUUUGGUAAAAACAGCACUCAGUGUAAUAUGUGCAUCAACGCACAGAAUAAUUCUAGAAAUGCGUUUAGAACGAAAUUGAGAUCGAACAGUUCUAUUAAAAAUAUUUGGGUAUGUGUUGCUUGUGAUUUAAAAUUCUUAAAGCGAGAAACGAUUUUAAUACAUAGCAAGUUACAUGAAGACGAGUUCGACGUCGAGCAAGUAACAUUAACCAACACUACUUGUCCGGAAUGUAGCUCUGAAUUUCACCAUGCUGAGGAGCUCAUCAAACACGUUUACGUGCACAGUUACGCAGAUAAAGAAUUGAUCCUGAGCGGGACAAUAUACAAUUGCUACCUAUGCGAUAGAAGAUACAGGAAUGCAAUUCACUUAAAGGCUCAUCAAACCAAACACAAAGAAAACGAGCUCAAACCGUACAAGUGCAAUAUGUGCGAUAAGCGUUUUAUGAACACCGUUGUCCUAACUUGUCACGUACGCACUCAUUUCGAGGGUGUAAUUUACGACUGUCCCAUGUGCCGCUUGACAUUUGUCGAUUUGAAAUCAUUAAGGGGACAUGUCUAUUCACACGCGGUGAACAAUAUCUUCUAUUGUCCAAUGUGUCCACUGCAAUUUAAUACGUACAAACUGAUCAGGAAGCAUAUCCGAGCCCGGCACCAUGGCAUUGAGUUUGGUUGCGAAUAUUGUAGCAGUUCAUUCAACAGCCGUUUCAAUCUUAACUUACACAUGCUCAAACAUUCGGACCAGAGAGAUUUUUUGUGCACUAUGUGUGGUAAGCAGUAUAAGAGAAAAGACAAAUUGAAGAUACACAUGAACAAAAUUCAUUUUUCUAAGAAAAAACCGUCAAAAACCCAGUUAAAAUUAGAAGCCAGGCUUGAAAAGAGAGCAAAACAAAUUCAGUUGAAAACUACGAAAUCUAUGUUAGAGUAUGAAAAUUCAGAAUUCAGAUGCGAAAAGUGUUUGGUUGGAUUUAAAAGAAGAGGAGUAUUUGUUAAUCAUCUAGUGUUAAGACAUCCGGAAAUAAAUCUCGACUCUGUUCCAUCGCUCAAUUUACCGGUUGUGGCUAAAACCAAAAUGUACAUGUGUCUGUACUGUGAUAAAAUGUACAAGACUAACGCCAAACGAAAAUCACACAUAAUCAAAAACCAUCCAGAUUGUGAACUUCCUGAGAAGCCAACUGACAAGACUGUUAUCAUCGACGACGGCCCGUCUGAUCCAGCUAGUAGCACUAACACGUCUCGGGUGCAUAGUUGCCAGUGGUGUUACAAACAAUAUAUGCUAAAGAAUAAACUUUUGAGACACCAACGGGCAAAUCAUUAUCACCUGUUGCCUCCGUCUCUUCAAGAACCACAGCCAUCGAAAAGGCUCGGAAAUAAAACUAAAAAAACUGAACAACCCGUAUUUGAAUCAAAUCAACAGCCGCAAACAGUUAACAUUCAGUUUACGGAUACCGACGGUUUUGAAUUAACGGCCACCGACAUACAGCUGGAUAAUCCGAUCGAACCGGGCAGCAUAAUAGCCAUCAAACGCCCUAUAAAAAACAACUCGGAGUUCGUGUCGCAAGCCAUGAGGGACUUGGGCAUAAGCACAGUGGACGACGUCCUGAACGAGGAACAGUACUACCGGAUACUGGACACGCAGGGAGACGUGGCUUACGCGCAACCCAUCGAUCCGACGAUCGCGCUACUCUCAUUCGACGGCCAUACCAUUCAACAGGUGCUGUCUUCGGGCGCCUCGGCUCCGGCGGCCGUUAGCCACUCCGCCACCGUUCCGCCGACGACCGUACAUCAGCACCAGUCGUUGCAUCCGAUCGCCGCUGCUCAUCCGUCCCAGGCGCAGCUGUUGUCGUCGUCGGACGUCAUCGCCGUGAGCACCGAGUCCGGCGUGAUCGAUCGUUUGAAGUUCUAGAUGAUGUGCGGUUAGGGUUAGUCGCCCUGUGGUAGGUCGGACGACGUUUUCGCGAACGUGAACGCCGAUCCCAGUGCUGCCGACGCGGUCCAACAAUACAAGAACGAAAUCUUCUUCUGUCCUCUUUAUUUUUUUCACUUCUCUUCCCCUCUCCCCAACUCCUUACGUUUGUCGAUCAGACGUAUUUUCGCUCUCGGCGUACAACAUCCGUGAAAGCGUUUUAUUUUAAUCGCUCGGUGACAAACUUUCUGAUUUAUGUCGAGAUGCGGCUAGUUCGCUCGACGAAUAUGAAUUAAUCCGCGAGUCGAAGUACGCAAGCGAGUUAACUAUUCAAAUGUUAUUUUUGUUUAUAAAAAUAUGCAUUAUGAGAAACUAUAUCGAACUAAACUCACUUUCCGUCAACAGUCUAAAUGCAUGUGUGUUUAUAUGUAUAUAUGUAUCGAUUGUGGUGUAAACUUUGUUCUUCCGACCGAAUUUACUUUCACGUACAAGAACACUUCAAGACGAUCGGUAUUCGUGUUAGUCCGCACUUAUACAAAAUCUAAAUUUGAUUUCACCAGUAUUAAGUUUAGAAUAAAUUAUAUCAUAUUGAUACCAUGAGAUAUAUUUUUUAUUUUUGAUGAAAUGUUUAUACUUCUUUUCGUCUGUUCAAAUAAUAUUAUUUAAAUAUUAUUUUAAGCCUCCUAAUCAUGAGUUUCUUGCACAUAAUUUGCGAUACUAUGGUUUAAUACGUAUAGAUUUUUCUACUUUUAAUUUGCAGUUUCACAAGUGCUCCUCUCUGUAUUUUUAUAAUUAGGUACUAUAAUACACGGUAUUAUUAUUUUAAUGUUAUCAUGAUUUCAAUCUCAUGUUCAAUAUCUAGUAAUUUUAAUAUUCUCUUCUUUUCCUUUUGUAUCCUAUUGUAUAACUUUUGAAACGUUGCGAUAAUGAAAACAUAACUGUAUGUAUUUAUUAAAACACUUAACUGGUUUUAUGCUAUUAAUAUAUGGCUAGUGUAGUAGUUAUGUUUACGUUGUCUAUCAUUCCGCAAGUUUUGAAAACGAUUAUGAAAAUGUAAUUACUUUGUAAUAACUUACUGAAUAUGUUUCGUUAUAAGAAAAUCUUAUUAGAAUAUAAUUUUUAUUUUAUAGAUAUUGUACUCAGCCUAUAUAUUUUAUAAUAUGUAUUAUAUUUAAGGGCUGGAAAUUUGAUGCAAAUGCAUCUUUUUUCCUAACGCCCCAACACGUAGUUCCGUAAGCAGAAAAUGUGUUUCAAGUGAUAUUGAUUACUUUAAUGUAGUUUUUAUUUUGUAUUUUUUUGCAUUUUAUGACAAAUUUAACUUUAAAUACAUUUUUUCAUAAUUUUUUUAGAGCAUUUUUUGCUAUUUUUUUGAGCAUUAAAAUCCCGGCCCUAACUAUAUUCAUGCGCUUGAAGCACUUUUUUGCGUAUAAUUUGUUAAUGUCAUAUUAUAAUUAAUGAUUUA